CUUUGUUCAGCCAUUCGUCCUAAUUGAUUAAUUCCCUUUUCGGAAACCAAAAUAUUAAAAAGAAAAGAAUCUUGUGAUUAUCCAGAGAAAGGUUGUAGAAGAAACAAGAAGCUGCCCUGUUUUAGGUUUCUAAAUCAAAACUAGAAACUCUUAGAAACUUCUCACACCCGCGUCUCAUAAAGCUUACCAUAAAGUGAAGACCCAUCUUUAUAAACCCAACAAGUCUGGCUACUUCCUUAAAAUUUGAAACAAGAAAACAAAAUCAAGAAGAUUUAUCUGCUUAUAGAAAUGGCUUUGGCACGUAAUUUGGCUUUGAGAAACCUUCAACAAAGGUUUUCUACCUUCAUGUGUCCAAGUGGUGAAAAAUGUUUGGUCGGGAACCGACAUAGCCAGAGUAAGCUAAACAGAUUCAUGGCUAGUUCCAGUGGUGAACAAGAGGAGAAGGAGAGUAAAGAAGUCAGUGUGUCCGAGAAGAAGUCCCCUAGACGGAUUUUCCCCAGGAGACGUGGUCGGAAAAGUCUGUGGCGUAACACCGACGAUCAGGACUAUUUUGCUCCCGCACUAAAUGGUUUAUUUCCUUCGAGUCUUGGAAAUGCUCUAAUGCAAGCAACGGAAAACAUAAACAGGAUCUUCGACAAUUUCGACGUUAGACCAUCUCAACUAAUGGGUCAAGUGAAGGAGCAAGAUGACUGUUACAAGCUGAGGUACGAGGUUCCCGGGCUAACCAAAGAUGACGUGAAGAUCACGGUAGAUAAUGGAAUUUUGAUGAUUAAAGGAGAACACAAGGCGGAGGAAGAAGAAGGAUCACCUGAAGAUGACGAGCACUGGUCUUCGAGGAGUUAUGGUUACUACAACACAAGCUUGUCUCUACCUGAUGAUGCUAAGGUGGAGGAAAUCAAGGCGGAGCUCAAGAACGGUGUGCUUAAUGUUGUGAUUCCUAGGAUGGAGAUGCGAAAGAAGGAUGUUCAGGAGAUUUCUGUUGAAUAGGUGACAUGGUGUGCUCUAUGGAGUUUUACUGUUUCGGAAUAAGGAAUAAUGGAAGAAUGUUGUAUCCCUAUAUGUGUUUGUUGUGUGUCAUUAUUAUAAACUAUUUCUGAUU